AUGCUAUGCGAUGCAGAUGAAGAGGAGUGUAUGCGUUACAUGAACGAUAUUGCCAUGGUGACGAGAACGCAGUGGUUUGCCCAACCCUCCAAAGAACAUGCACUAUAUAUGAGGAUGCCCGUCAGUCACGUGUUCAUACACCAUACGGUGAUGAACGAGUGCUUCUCGCAAUGGGAAUGUGCCAUAGAGAUGCGUGAUAUACAGCAGUAUCAUCAGGCUGUUAAGCAAUGGGCCGACAUCGGUUACAACUUUGUGAUCGGACAGGACGGCGGGGUAUACAUUGGCCGAGGUUGGGAUCGGGUUGGGGCCCAUACACUUGGCUGGAAUAAUAUUUCCAUUUCAUUUGCAUUCACGGGAAACUUCAAUGAAACACUCCCCACUGACGACGCCUUGAAUGCUCUUGAGGCUGUGCUUAUAGUUGGUGUAAAACUUGGUAAACUCACGCCCGACUUUAAACUGCACGGUCACAGGGACGCAAGGCCUACGGAGAGUCCUGGACAGAAGCUGUACGAUCUGAUUCGCAGACAUGAACACUAUGAGCCCAUUCGGCCAAACAUUAUAACGUUCGUUCCGAAAUCUCAUGGAUGA